AUGGUGGCCGCCUCGUUCCGCUACGGCGUCACCAUCACCGGGGUCGUGCUGUUGGUGACGGGGACGCUGUGCUUCGCCUGGUGGAGCGACGGGGAGGUGGGCACAGCAGUGGGCAGCGGGGCUCACCUCCUGCCCCCCAGCGAGGCCCAGGCCGUGCCCAGCUCCUCCAACGCGCUGCUGCGCUCCGUCAGCUUCUUCUGCUGCGGCAUCGGCGGCAUCCUGCUCCUCUUUGGGCUGCUCUGGUCCGUCAAAGCCAACGCCAGCGUGGUGUCACGGCGCUAUCAGUACCGCUUCCCCCGCGACCUGCAGUACUUCACCGCUGAGCCCCCGGAGAAGUGGAACUGCAGCUCCUGGGACGCCACUGCCAUCCCCACCUACGAAGAAGCCCUGACCUGCAGACCUGCUCAUGGCACGUACCUCCACCCCGCAGUGAGCAAGGAGGAGCUGACACCACCGCCAUAUCAUGACUUGGAGGAGGAGGAGGAGGAAGAGGAUGAGCGUUGGCAGAGCGGCCGCCGCCUCAGCUCCUCCGACAGCGCCUUGUUCCGCCCCAGCCCCUCAUGGUUGGACACCCAGAGCCCUGCUGGGCCACAGGAAACGCCGCCCCCCAGCUACGAGAACAUCAGUGUUCGGGGUGUCUGACUGAGCCCCGUCCUUCAGCAAGGGGAGAGAGCGGGUGGCACGGGGCUGCCUGCAUUCUGAGCAAUGCAUCUGGGACAAUGUUCGCAGCUGGCAUGU